CGAAGUUCAAAAGAAAUGGGGACGGUGUAAAAGAAAAUGACACAACGGAAGCGUGAAAUCUACUCAGGGAGGGAGAAAGGCAUUCAUCAAAGUUCGUAGUUGAAGUUCUUAUUAAAAAAUUGAGAAGAAAUUAAUAUAAAAGAAGAGAUUCCGUUUCCGCCUUUAAAUGCCGACGGAGGAGCUGUAUUCAGAGACCGCCGGAGCCAUGGGGUGGGGGUGGUCGAUCUGCGAGGGAGUGGUGGCUGUGGGUUCCCUUUGCCUGCUCGGAUGGGCGGGGCUAUGGUUCUUGAACCGGAGGCUUUACAAGGAGUACGAAGAAAAGCAAGUGCUCGUUCAAAUCAUCUUCAGCGUCGUCUUCGCUUUCUCCUGCAAUCUACUUCAGCUCGUUCUCUUCGAGAUCAUUCCUCUUCUUUCCAAAGAGGCAAGAUGGAUGAACUGGAAAGUGGAUUUGUUCUGUUUGAUACUCUUACUGGUUUUCAUGUUGCCUUAUUAUCAUUGUUACUUGAUGCUUUGCAAUAGUGGUGUAAGGAAGGAGCGGGCGGCUCUUGGAGCCAUGUUAUUCUUACUGGCGUUUCUUUAUGCUUUUUGGCGAAUGGGCAUUCAUUUUCCAAUGCCUUCCCCUGAUAAAGGCUUCUUUACCAUGCCUCAAUUGGUCAGCAGAAUAGGGGUGAUUGGGGUCACUGUGAUGGCUGUGCUAUCUGGUUUUGGAGCCGUAAAUUUGCCUUAUAGUUAUUUGUCUCUCUUCAUCAGAGAGAUCGAGGAGACUGAGAUCAAAGCCUUGGAAAGACAACUAAUGCAAUCCAUUGAGACAUGUAUUGCAAAGAAAAAGAAAAUUAUUCUAUCACAAAGGGAGAUGGAGCGGGUUCUUGGCUCAGAGGAGAAUUCCAAAUCUAGAUCUUUCUUUAAGCGGCUAGUUGGUACUGUUGUUCGAUCAGUCCAAGAGGACCAAAAGGAGCAAGAUAUAAAAAACAUGGAAGCAGAAGUACAAGCCUUGGAGGAGCUUUCAAAGCAGCUAUUCCUGGAAAUCUAUGAGCUUCGUCAAGCUAAGGAGGCUGCUGCGUACUCACGUACCUGGAGAGGUCACAUGCAAAAUCUACUCGGCUAUGCAUGUUCUAUCUAUUGUGUGUAUAAAAUGAUUAAGUCUCUGCAAAGUGUUGUUUUCAAGGAGGCUGGUUCAGUUGAUCCUGUGACGAUGACCAUUAGCAUAUUCUUUCAAUUCUUUGACAUAGGGAUCAAUGCUGCAUUAUUGUCUCAGUAUAUAUCCCUACUAUUCAUUGGAAUGCUGAUCGUAAUAUCUGUACGAGGUUUCUUGACCAAUCUGAUGAAGUUCUUUUUUGCAGUUUCUAGAGUUGGGAGUGGAUCUUCGAGCAAUGUUGUUCUUUUUCUCUCUGAAAUUAUGGGAAUGUAUUUUGUCUCCUCUAUCCUUUUGAUAAGAAAAAGCCUGGCAACAGAGUACAGAUUGAUCAUAACAGAUGUAUUAGGGGGAGAUAUCCAGUUUGACUUUUAUCACCGAUGGUUUGAUGCGAUCUUCGUGGCCAGUGCUUUUCUGUCUCUACUUUUGCUUUCUGCACAUUAUACAUCACGGCAGGCUGACAAACACCCAAUAGAUUAAAUCAAAUAAGAUCGAGAAUAUCAGGUACUUGGAGAAGGGAAUCGGAGACAAUUGAACCCCUCAAGACCGGGUUGUCAGUUAGGCUGGAUUUCGGCCUUGUCAGGAGAAUGCAUAGAGUGCAGUAGUAACGACGAAUGUCAGCAUGUGGUCUUGGGCUGGGAUGGACUCUUUCGUGUGCAACCUCAUGUAUAGAAAAAGGUUUGACCGACGGUAUCGACCUUUCUUCUUCAGUAGUAGGGCGAUAGUCGAUUUUAUUGAUUAAUUUUCCUAAAUAUAGUUUUCUCGAAUUAUACCAAGCAGUGAAAAACUGAGUUUCUUUUAUAUCUAUGCUUGGUAUUUUUUGAGUUGUGAUGGUUUGUAAUGAACACCUCUGGUCAUAGAAAGAUGUAGCAAUUUACAUCAUUUGUUUGUUUACUCCAUUAUUCCUUUGAAAUUCUCUUAAAAAAUAUUCCUAUAUUUCACUUUAAA